AUGUCUAGAAAACACCCAUGUGAUCAGUUAAAAGAGCUUUACAAUGAUAAAAGUGAAAAAGUUUUUAAUCCAAGCCCAAAAUUUAUUUAUCCAAGCUUUCAUAAUCAAGAGACAAAUUAUAGAUAUAAGGUAUGUAAAAGCAUUUUUAAUAAAACUACAAGAAUUCCUGAACUCCAGAGAAUUAAUUUUGGUGGGAACCCCUACAAAUGUACAGAAUGUGGCAAAGCUUUUAAUCGAAAAUCAUACCUUAAUCAACACCAGAUAAUUCAUACUGGAAAAAAGCCAUACAAAUGUAAAGAAUGCGGCAAGGCUUUUAAUGGAAAAUCCUGCCUUACUCAGCACCAGAGAAUUCAUACUGGAGAAAAGCCAUACAAAUGUACAGAAUGUGGCAAAGCUUUUAAUCGAAUAUCACACCUUACUCAACACCAGAGAAUUCAUACUGGAGAAAAGCCAUACAAAUGUAAAGAAUGUGGCAAAGCUUUUAAUUAUAGACUGAGCCUUACUCAACACCUGAGAAUUCAUACUGGAGAAAAGCCAUACAAAUGUACAGAAUGUGGCAAAGCUUUUAAUCGAAAACCACAACUUACUGAACAUCAGAGACUUCACACUGGAGAAAUGCCAUAUGAAUGUAAAGAAUGUGGCAAGGCUUUUAAUAGAAAAUCACACCUUACUCAACACCAGAGAAUUCAUACUGGAGAAAAGCCAUACAAAUGUAAAGAAUGUGGCAAGGCUUUUAAUUCAAAAUAUUACCUUAGUGAACACCAGAGAAUCCAUACUGGAGAAAUGCCAUACAAAUGUAAAGAAUGUGGCAAGGCUUUUAAUCAAAAAACACACCUUACUCGACACCAGAAAAUUCAUACUGGAGAAAAGCCAUACAAAUGUAGAGAAUGUGGCAAGGGUUUUAAUCUAAAAUCAGGCCUUACUCAGCACCAGAGAAUUCAUACAGGAGAAAAGCCAUACAAGUGUAAAGAAUGUGGCAAAGCUUUUAAUUAUAAAGUAAGCCUUACCCAACACCAGAGAUUUCAUACUGGAGAAAAGCCAUACAAAUGUGAAGAAUGUGGCAAGGCUUUUAAUUCAAAAUAUUACCUUAGUGAACACCAGAGAAUCCAUACUGGAGAAAUGCCAUACAAAUGUGUAGAAUGUGGCAAGGCUUUUAAUCAAAAAUCACACCUUAUUCAACACCAGAGAAUUCAUACUGGAGAGAAGCCAUACAAAUGUAAAGAAUGUGGCAAAGCUUUUAAUUAUAGACUAAGCCUUACUCAACACCUGAGAAUUCAUACUGGAGAAAAGCCAUACAAAUGUACAGAAUGUGGCAAAGCUUUUAAUCGAAAAUCACAACUUACUGAACACCAGAGACUUCACACUGGAGAAAUGCCAUAUGAAUGUAAAGAAUGUGGCAAGGCUUUUAAUCGAAAAUCACACCUUACUCAACACCAGAGAAUUCAUACUGGAGAAAAGCCAUACAAAUGUAGAGAAUGUGGCAAGGGUUUUAAUCUAAAAUCAGGCCUUACUCAGCACCAGAGAAUUCAUCCUGGAGAAAAGCCAUAUAUUGUAAAGAAUAUGGCAAA